CUGCUCCCGUCGUCCAAUCCGAUGCAGGAGCAGUUUCCUUGAAAACAAACAAGGAAUGCGGAAUUUCCAAAAGCACCAAACUGAUGUGUGAGUCACCAAACAGAGCAGACCGUGAAAAAGAAGACACUUGAACCACUUCCUGUCAGACCAGGUCCCCUGCCCCCCAGGGAUAGAUAACACCUCAGCUGCUACAGCGAUGGGGGACAUCAAGAAAGGGAAGAAGGUGUUUGUCCAGAAGUGUUCACAGUGCCACACCGUCGAAGAGGGGGGGCGACACAAGACGGGACCCAACCUCUGGGGUCUGUUCGGUAGGAAGACCGGCCAGUCUCCUGGCUACUCCUACACACAGGCCAACGUCAGUAAGGGGAUUGUGUGGGGAGAAGAGACGCUGAUGACCUACCUCCACAACCCAAGGAAAUACAUCCCGGGGACCAAGAUGAUCUUCGCCGGGAUCCGAAAGAAAAGAGAAAGAGAGGACCUCAUUGCCUAUUUAAAGGACGCCACCUCUUUCUUAGGAGGGGAUACGUGCAAAUAAACACGCAAGAGAUGUGGGCGGGCCCCUUUUGUCGUGUAUCUAUUGCGUCGCGGUGAUUUAUACUUGCACAGCUAAUAAAUUAUAUCUUU